UUUUUAACUCUCACCUUCAUGAAAAGAACAUAUCACCCGGCCCUCUUCUAUUUUUCAUAUGUUUUUCCUCAUAUAUUCAUUAUUUUCUGAUUUUGAACACCAGAUUGAAAUAUCUUCUCCUUUCAUACAUCCUCAUGUUGUCGUUACCUUCAACUUCUUCCUCCAUUUCUAGAAAAAAAUACGAUGUUUUCUUGAGUUUCAGAGGUGAAGAUACCCGCAGCAACUUUACCGAUCAUCUCUAUGAUGCUCUAAGUAGGAGUGGGAUCGUCACUUUCAGAGAUGAUCCAAAGCUGGAGGCCGGCGAAGAGAUCGCACCUGAACUCUUUAAAGCAAUUCAGCAAUCAUGGUGCUCGGUAAUCGUUUUUUCACAAACUUAUGCCUUUUCAAGUUGGUGCUUGGAGGAGCUUGCUGAGAUUGUUAAACAACAUAACAACGACGGCCAUAAAGUGUUUCCAAUUUUUUACCAUGUUGGUCCAUCUGAUUUAAGAAAACAAAAAGAGAAAGUGGAAGAAGCCUUUGCCAGACAUAAAGAGAGAUACAAAGAAGAUAGUGAGAAGAUCCAAAGAUGGCGAAAUGCUUUAAUUCAAGUGGCUGGAAUCAAGGGAUGGCAUUUAAAUAAAAGGCAUGAAUCAGAAUUUAUUAAAGACAUUGUCAAGAAGAUAUCAGCAAAACUAUGUCAGACAUAUCCAGCUACUCAUAGCGACUUGGUUGGAAUUAGUGAACGCUUGGAGGAUUUAUAUUUGAAAAUAAACAUUGGGGAAGAUGAUGUCCGCGUUAUAGGAAUUUGCGGAAUGGGUGGCAUCGGUAAAACGACACUCGCAAGAGUUGCUUACACUCAAAUGUCACCUCAUUUUGAAGGUAAAAGCUUUAUUUCUGAUAUUCGAGAAGUUUCAGACAAAUGCGGGCUAGUUUCUUUACAGAAACAACUUCUUUCACAGAUCUUUCAUGGAAGGCACGAUUGGUUCGGAUUAGGAAGUAGAAUCGUUGUAACAACAAGAGAAGAACAUUUGCUUCGGUCUUGGCCAGUUGAUGAUAUGUAUGAGCCCACAACAUUGAAUCCCAAAGAUGCGCUUCAACUUUUCAGUCUGAAAGCUUUUCAUAGUGAUACAGUGCAGAAAGAUGAUUUCAUUGAGCUUUCUAAACAUGUUGUAAAUUAUGCUGGUGGGCUCCCUCUAGCUCUUGAAGUUUUGGGUUCCUUUUUGUGCGGUAGAGAUGCUGCUCAAUGGAGAAUUUUGUAUAUUUUGAAGUUCAUUUUUGUUUUGUUCAUGGAUAUUAGGAAAUCGAACAAGAUGCUCAAUUUGAGUGUGGAUACCUUCUUGAAGAUGAAAAAACUGAGAUUGCUCAAAGUGCUUUGCCUUUCAAAUUGUAAUGAUCUCAAAUAUCUUUCUAAAGAACUACGACUUUUAGAUUGGAUAGGAUACCCUUUAAGAUACUUGCCUUCAAGCUUUCAACCGGACAACCUUGUCGCACUUCUUUUACCAUGUAGUCACAUUCAACAACUAUGGAAGGGAAAUAGACCCUUGUUUAACUUGAAAAUAAUGAACCUCAGAGGGUCUCAAAACCUGAUCAAGACACCAGACUUCACAACAGCAUCAAAUCUUGAAGUUUUGAUUUUGGAAGGUUGUACCAAAUUAGUGGAUGUUCAUCCAUCAAUCGGGGUGCUUAAGAGCCUUAAACUUUUGAAUUUAAGAGAUUGCAGAAGUCUUAGGACUCUUCCAACCAAAAUUGGAAUGGAAUCUCUAGAAACAUUAAUUCUUUCGGGUUGCUCAAGUCUUGUAAGGUUUCCGGAGAUUGAUGGGAAAAUGGAACGUCUAAAAACUCUAGAUCUUUUCGGUUGUUAUAGAGUGGAAAACUUAUCGGAGAAUUUGCAGCAAGCAAAGUUUUUGGAAGAGCUAGACUUGAGUGAAACAGCCAUAACAGAACCACCAUCCUUCAUUUUUCAAUUUAAAAAUCUUAAAGUUCUGUCUUUCAAUGGGCGCAAGGGACCAUCAUAUAAGUUACUACCAAAUUUGCCUCCUCUUCUCAAGGUAAUCCAAGGAAGAAGGACGAAUCCCAUGGUUCGGAUGUUGCCUUUGUUGUCAGGUUUGAGUUCUUUAAGAGAGCUAAAACUAAGGGACUGCAAUCUUUGUGAAGGAGAUAUUCCACGUGAUAUUUCUGGUCUAUCCUGUUUGGAAAAACUUGAUCUUAGUGGUAACAAUUUCAUCAGCAUGCCUGCAUCUCUUACUCGACUCUUGAAGCUUGCAAAUCUUAUAUUGUCAAAUUGCAACAUGUGCACUUUUGGUGAAGCAGAUACUCAUAGUGAUAUUUCUGGUCUAUCCUCUUUGAGUUAUCUUAAUCUUAGUGGUAACAAUUUCAUCAGCAUACCUGCAUCUCUUACUGGACUCUCAAAGCUUCAUGUUCUUGACUUGUCAAAUUGCAACGUGUGCACUCUUGGUGAAGCAGAUAUUCAUAGUGAUCUUUCUGGUCUAUCCUCUUUAAUAAGUCUUGAUCUUAGUGGUAAUAAUUUCAUUACCAUUCCUUUGGCUCUUACUCAACUUUCCAGGCUCAGAUUGCUUACAAUGUCAGGUUGCAAGAUGCUUAAAUCGUUGCCUGAGCUACCAACAACUAUAGCAGUUGUGACUAUAGAUGGUUGUUCUUCACUUGAAGUAGUUGCAAGUCCAUCAAAAGUAUGCAAUUUAGCGGGUUGUGGUGACAUUCGUGCCAUUAACUGCUUCAAAUUGGCUGAGAAAAUCAAUGCAUUAACACUGCUGAAAGAACAUAUUAAGGCGGUUCGAUAUCCAAGAGAUUGUUUUCAUGGUGGCAUCGUUGAUAUUAUGAUGCCCGGAAGUGAAAUUCCAGAAUGGUUUAGCCAACAAAAAAGUGAUUUUUCAAUUAAGAUACCCCUACCUAUCAACCUUUGGAAAGAUAGUCAAUGGAUUGGAGUUGCUUGUUGCUGCAUUUUUGUCAAUAAUGAUGCUUCAAGGAACGAGUGUAUCCACUGUGAUGGAUCUAUUUUUCGAGGUAAAAAUUGUCGACCAAUCUGUCAGAGAAACCGGUGGGUAGGUCAACGCUUUGACAAGCCCAUAAUGAAAGAUCACCUUUUUCUUCGUUAUUUUCCGCGUGAUCAAUCAUAUCCAUUUUCCUUGGAGGAUAAAUAUGGUGACUGUGAAACCAAUAAUUUAUGGACAACAGAUUGCUUAGAUCAACCAUGCGAUGAGCUUGAGUUGUCUUUCAGUGCCGAAUUUGGAGAAGGUGAACCUUAUGUUAAGGUAAAGAAGUGUGGUGUUAGAAUAGUGUACAAGAAAGAUUUGGAAGAAAUGAAAGAGUUGCAGUGCCAUACCACUCCAUCUUCUCCAAAAUUUGAACACAUCCACCAACACUCUGUUCACAACCAUGGAUCAGUAGGUAGCAGUUCUCACAUAAAACGGAAACGUAAUAUCUAUGAGGAAACGGAGGAAGAAGAGCCGCAACCAAAACGGAUGCAAAAUUUUUUCAAUUUUGUAAUGGGCCAAUCAAGAUAGAAGCAUUAACUGUGGUAAACUACUUAACCAACCUUGUCCCAUUAAUUUUUUUUUGCGAAUGUGAUAUAUCCUUCAUACUCAUAUUCAACAUGUACAUAUCUCAAAUGUUUUAUACCAUUUAAAAUUUUAGUCACUUAAUUCAUUCCUUUUUACAUAA